GCCCAUUCUCGGGGACGCGCGUCUUCAGGACACGCGAACGCCUCAAGGCCCUCCGGGGAAGAGCUGGACCGACGUCGUCACCCGCCUCGCAAGCCUAAAUCUCGGGGCCUCAUCUGCAUCUCCGGGCGAUGGCAGAGGUCGCGGGCACCGACUCUGCCCAUUCCUGUCCACCGGAGCUCCGCCCCGCGCCUCCGCGCCCGGUACUCCAGACUCGCGCGGAUGGAGGGGCGGUGCCUACUACGCAGGCGCACUCUGCGAGUGUCGGGACCCUGCCGCAACACUGCCACGCGGAUUCACGCUGGCCAAUCAGCGGGGCGAAGGGCGGGGCUUCCCCGCAGCGCGCCGACAGGCGGCGGCCCACUUCCGGCAAUAAUCGCCGCGUCGCCGUCAGGUGCGGGCGCAGGCCACCGGCGCGCCAGGAGAACUAUGCCAUUUUUGGGUCAGGACUGGAGAUCUCCUGGAUGGAGUUGGAUUAAAACAGAAGAUGGCUGGAAGAGAUGUGAAUCCUGUAGUCAGAAACUUGAAAGAGAGAAUAACCAUUGUAACAUCAGUCACAGCAUUAUCUUAAAUAGUGAAGAUGAAGAAAUAUUCAGUAAUGAAGAACAUGAAUAUGCAUCCAAAAAAAGGAAAAAGGACCAUUUUAGAAAUGACACAAAUACUCAAAGUUUUUAUCGUGAAAAAUGGAUCUAUGUCCAUAAAGAAAGCACAAAAGAAAGGCAUGGCUAUUGCACCUUGGGAGAAGCUUUUAAUCGGUUAGAUUUCUCAAGUGCAAUUCAAGAUAUCCGAAGGUUCAAUUAUGUGGUCAAAUUAUUGCAGCUAAUUGCAAAAUCCCAGUUAACUUCAUUGAGCGGUGUGGCACAAAAGAAUUACUUCAACAUUUUGGAUAAAAUUGUUCAAAAGGUUCUUGAUGAUCACCACAAUCCUCGCCUAAUCAAAGAUCUUCUGCAAGACCUAAGCUCCACCCUCUGCAUUCUUAUUAGAGGAGUAGGGAAGUCUGUAUUAGUGGGAAACAUCAAUAUUUGGAUUUGCCGAUUAGAAACUAUUCUCACCUGGCAACAACAGCUACAGGAUCUUCAGAUGACUAAGCAAGUGAACAACGGCCUCACCCUCAGCGACCUUCCUCUGCACAUGCUGAACAACAUCCUAUACCGGUUCUCAGAUGGAUGGGACAUCAUCACCUUAGGCCAGGUGACCCCCACGUUGUAUAUGCUCAGUGAAGACAGACAGCUAUGGAAGAAGCUAUGUCAGUACCAUUUUGCUGAAAAGCAGUUUUGUAGACAUUUGAUCCUUUCAGAAAAAGGACAUAUUGAGUGGAAGUUGAUGUACUUUGCACUUAAGAAACAUUACCCAGCAAAGGAGCAGUAUGGAGACACGCUGCAUUUCUGUCGGCACUGCAGCAUUCUCUUUUGGAAGGACUACCAUCUUGCUUUACUAUUCAAGGACUCAGGACACCCCUGCACGGCGGCUGAUCCCGACAGCUGCUUCACACCUGUGUCUCCGCAGCACUUCAUCGACCUCUUCAAGUUUUAAGGGCUGCCCCUGCCAUCCCUAUUGGAGACUGUGCAUCAUGCCCUCUGUGCGGGGCUCAUAGUGAGUGUUCUGUGGGGUGGGUGGAUGCCCCUGGAAAGCUUCCAGAAAGACUGGGAAGAACUGCCCCCUGUGCCACAAGCCACAACCACGAAAGUGCAUGGUUGCAUUUUCAUUGAAGGAGGUCAGGAGCCAAACAAAGCAUUUCUACUUCUUUAAAAACUCUUCUUGUGAGCAUAUUAAAAUGUGCAAUUUUGGAUAUGAUAUAUAUAGUUCAAAAAUAUUUCAGAUGGUCAGCUCCACAUUCUGUGUUGAUCUGACACUAAUGGCCAAUAAUGAUGCUUCUUAAUUGUCAAAUUACAGUUUCCCAAUUUUAUACUAAUUGUGGGUGGGUGACAAAACAGUUGAUCCUUGUAAAUACAUUGUACAGAAUAUUUAUUUUUUCUCAAAAUGCAUUUUAACUACUAUAUUGGCUGUGCCCAAAUGAGUCCUCUUUGAAUACAAAGUGAACCUAGGGCAGUGAUAGUCAUUCUUGUCUUAAGACUCUGGAUUGGGGUAUGAAUUGUGCACAUGCAGCCCAACAAUGGGCAGCGGCCUCUGUGCUCGUAGGUGUCCAGCACAGGCUUUGGCAGAAUACCCCUGCUGGGGGUGGGGCUUGUCUGUGCAUAAUCCUGGACUGUGAUGGGAACAGCCCAUCGUAGUCUAAACUUCACUUGUGUUGAAACUACUUUUAUAGACAAGUAAUAAAUCUUGAUUAUUGACUGAAACUUCAUCAGUUUUGCAUCCUACUGAGAAAUGUUAGUGAUUUUGAUAAGUCCUUAAAAGAUUGUUUUGUUUUUAAAAUAACGCAUGUCUGUUUCAGAAAAUUAGAAGAUCAAUCCCACCACCCAAAGAUUAUUGUGCAUGCUGAAAAGAAUGUGAAAAAUUCCCCAGCAGGCAUAGGGUAGAAAUGUGUUGUUGUAUAUUUCCAUUUUUGAAUAGGGUCAAGGAACCCAAGCAAAUCAUUUCUACCUUUUUUCCUCUAAGCAUAAUAAAAUUGUAAUUUUAUAGCUUUAUAAAUAGGAAUAAAAAAAGAUUCUGGAUUUUUCAACCCCACUUCUGUGAACUGACACAAAUGGCCAAGAAUGAAUUUAUUUGUCAAAUUCUAGUUUCCCCUGUGGUGAUGCAAAUACUUGGGCCUUCAUGAAUAUAUGUUAGAGUAAGAGUUCUUCAUAAAACCAUAAAUGCUCUGUAUACCACUGUUACUUCGCAAACCACCAUUCCCCCAGCUGCCUUUUUUAGAAACACAGACCCAUAUCCUAAAUGUUAUUUGGAAACUUGGUUUUUAUUAACUUUAUUAGCUCCACAGAAUCACCCAGAUCGAACAGUCUUUAAUUAUCAUAGCAUACUGGGGUUCCUGAGGGUUUCACUGUUAGCAUCAAUAACUGUGGUAAGCAUCGUCACACAUCGUGGCCACCUCCUUACAAUAACACCAAUAGUACAGCCAACAUCAUGAGUCAAACAUAUUUUAAGGGUUUUAUAUUUCUAGAUUAUGAAAAAAAAUUUUUUGGAGUUUAUUUGUUUUUCAGACGGGUUCUUAGUCUGUCACCCAGGCUGGAGUGUAGUGGUAUGAUCUCAGCUCACUGCAACCUGUUUCCCUGGCUCAAGUGAUCCUCCCACCUCAGCCUCUCAAAUAGUCGGGACCACAGGCAUGUACUGCCAUUCCAAGGCUUUUUUUUUUUUUUUUUGUAUUUUUAGUAAAGAUGGGGUUUCACCAUGUUGCCCAGGCUGGUCUCAAACUCCUGAGGUCAAGCAAUCCACCUGCCUCAGCUUCCCAAAGUGCUGGGAUUGCAGGCAUGAGGCACUGCAUUCAGCUGAAAAAAGAAAUUGUUUUAUUCUAGGAGAGGGAGUGAGUACGUUGAGUUUCCAUUAUCCUUGAAGCACAGGUAUUUCUUUUUCUGUUGGUGCUGUUUUAAUAAGUGAAGGAUUUGAUGUGUGGUUCACUGUGAACUUGAACAUUUCCAUAUAUUUGUUGUCCAUUUGAUUUGUCUUGUUUUUGGUGAAUUACUUAAUGUGUUAUUUCCUGUUUUUUUUGGCGGGGGUUGGGGGGUGGUAGUCUUUUUUUGCAUUAGUUUCUUCUUAAAAGGAAACUAACCUUUUGAAGUUGUGCUUCUUUCCCUUAAUUUGUCAUAUACUGUUACUGUCAUUUAAUUGUUAGAUGUUCUAACAAUUCUCAUCUGUGCUGUAGAAUCACAGAUACUUGUAUAAAUUGAGCAGUAUUUACUUGGAAAAUAUAACCAUAUUAAUAGUGUAUGAUUCCAGCUGUUCUGCUGGGAUGGCAUAUUUCCACAGGCCAGGGACACAGCUGCCCGCACUGCCAGUGCAUGGGUUACAGCCUUCUGCAGGUGCAUUCAAGAGACAAGUUGUGGGAGCUGGGCAGGUAAGCAGGGAUGGCUUACAUUGCUGGGGAGAGAUUGAAAGGUGAAUAGAGGGUGUAUAAAGACAGACUAAAGACAGUUUUGAGUCACUGAUAAGUUAUUUACAGAUCAGAAAACACCAAAUGGAGAUGAGAAGAGGAAUCAUAAUUUCCACAUUGCAAUGGUAUUUUUGAAUACAGUUUCUGUCAGAGGGCCUAACAAAAGUAGGGAUGCCACUCCUGAGAGAUUAAACUACAUUCUGAUGCCUUCAUUGCAAUGAAGUUCUAACUCAGGACACCAAGAGCCUAAAGCCAGACUAAGUUUCACAUGCCCAUUAUCCCUGCUAAAGGCAAUGCUGGACACACUCAAUAUAGAAUCUCCAGGCAUUCCUGGAUCCGUUCCCAGUCCACGCUGCUCACUCAGGGCUGUUGUCUGUUGACACCCAGUUGCAACUUCCUUUUGCCUAUUUUGAGAGUCAAAAACUCACAUUCCUCACCUAAUCUAUGAAUAUACGCAAAUCAGAAAGCCACCCAGCAGCUCUCAGGAGCAGACCUAGGUGUAGCUGUCGUAGUUUGCCGCACGAUGUAUAGCACCUGUGUAUGCACUGUAUGUGUGUACUAUACAGGGCUGUAUACAGAAAAUCGUGUUUACUUCAUGGAAAAAAUUGAAUCAUCUGUGAACAAUUUUUGCCUUAAAUGCUGCUCUUAGAACCAAAUUAUCAUAAGAUUUUUGUAUACUGCAUCCUUGCUGAAAUAAUUUAUCAGCUCUCUUAACACCUUUGUAGAUUCCUUAUGACCCUAUGUACAAAAUCAUGUCAUCUGUGAAUAGACAGUUUCACUUCUUUAUUCUUCUUUCUUGCCCCACUUUGCUGGCUAGAAUCUCUAGUACAGUGUUGAACAGCAGUGCAAGAGCAAACAUCCUUGUCUUGUUCCUCAUCUUAGGGGAAACUUUCAGUCUCACCAUUAACUAGGAUGUUAACCCUGGGUUUCCCAUAGAUACCCUGUAGCAGGUUGGGGAAGUUCCCUUCUAUUCUUAGUUGUUUUUAUCAUGAAAGGGUGAUGGAUUUUGUCAAAUGCCUUUUCUGCAUCUCUUGAAAAAGAUGUGGUGUUUGGCCCUCAUAAGAUCAAUGUGCUGUUAUUACAUUGACUUCUGUAUCUUGAACCAACUUUGCAUUCUUGGGCCAAAGCCCACUAAGUCAUGGUUUGUGAUACCUUUUAUACAUAGCUGUUGGAUUUGGUGUCCUGUAACAGCCCUCUGUAUCUGCAGGGGAUUGGUUCCAGGACCACCUCCCCACCCCACCCACCUUGUGAUCUUUUGGGUUUUGGUGUCAGUCUCAUAGGAUAAGCUUAGAAAGUGUUCCCUCUUCUGUGUUUUCAAAGAGUUUGUGAAGGUUUCUUGUUAAUUCUUCUUUGAGAGAACUUAUAUGAUUUGAAGUCACUGAGAAGCUUCAGUUAUCUUCCCUUUUGGAAAUGUGUUUAUCUUACUACCCUUUAAGAGGAUAAGACCAUUUUUUCCCCAGAGAUGUCUUUUAACAAUUUUUCUUUUCAUUGUGAAGGCAUAACCUAAUAGAUAAAUGGACUGUGAAACUUAGUCUCUUUUGCUUAUCUCCAGAAUUAUCAAAAGGAAAGGGUGCUGCCCUCUGAAAAUCACAAUUUUAAAAGGCAGGAGUCAGCUUGGCUUGACUUUAAUCUCCCUCUCUUCAUUAUGAUGUGUGCAUGUGCUGGACACCACUCACCUCCCUUUAGUCCCUAUCUAGUGCAAUAUCAAAUGCUACCCAACAACCAAGCCAAGGGAUUAGCAACAAGGAGGGAAAGAAAGAAGGACCUGUAUCCAUGACCUACCAGCACCAGCCAUUGGGGCCUCUGAUGGCUGACACCAGCAUCCACCCUGCUCUCAACCUCCCUGCAUCCAUGUCUAUCCCAACACAGUUGCUGCUUCUGUCUUCACUCACGCCCCACUCCUUGUCCCUUCCUGUUGUCUCUGCAUAGAGGAAGCAGACCCUCAACUUUGAAAAGCACUGUGCCCCACAUCCCAUGGGCUAAAUUCUACUGAGCUAGUAGGAGCUGCUCAAGUGUAGCCUCUGCCUCCAGAAUUCUAGCAGGAACUGCAAUGCUGUCUGCCUAAAAUUAAAGCCCUGGCUCACAGCAUGAGACUGUGUGUUCUAGCUGGUGAUGUGGUGCCUGCACACACACCCCUGGCAGUCCUCUCUAAACUCAGGCAGUGCGUGGCUGCUGUCAUUCCUACCUUCAGCAUCCGUGAGAUGAGGGAGUUGCUCCCCAGUGCACCUGCCCAGAUACAGGCCACAUGGAUCUGCCAUUGCUUUUCACAGGAGCGUCUAGAAGAGGCCAUUAACCAUCCCAGUUGUCCUUUUUGUCCUUGGUCCUCUCCCUUCCAAUCCCCACUGGCUCAAAUCCACAGAGUGACAAAAGAGAUGCCCAGAGCAUCAGCUGGAGUGGCAAGUGUGAGAAGGUGCUGCUGGUGCCACAGGGGUCUUGCGCUAGCGUUCGCACCGUAACCAGGGUUCACUGAGGAGUGGGUUCCUUUGAAAUGUUCUUGUUCUUAUAAGGGUGAGCAAAAAAAAAUGAGGGCAUCUAUAUCAAAGAAGAGAGAUACCUCAACUGUCUCAUUUUUGCAUGGAAAUUUUAUUUUUAUUUGAUAAUCAUUUGAGAAACUUGCACAGAUAAAGGCAAGUUGGUUUUAUUAUUUUUUUCUAAUGUCAUUUGAAAGAAUUUAACUUUUGUUAAAAUACACAUAAAAUUUACCAUCUUAUCCAUUUUAGGUGUGCAGUUUAGUGGCAUUAAAUACAUUCAUAUUGUGCACCCUUCUCUACUAUGUAUCCCUAAGUUCAGGUUACAAGAUAAGCUUUUGUCAUCUUGUAAAACUGAAGUUCUGUACCCAUUAAGCACCAACUCCCUAUUCCCAUCCACCAGCCCCUGGCAGCCUCUGUUCUACUUUGUCUCUUUGACUACUUAGGGACCUCGUCUGAGUGGAAUCAGGGAGAUUUGUCAUUUUGUGACUGGCAUAUUGCACUCAGCAUAAUGUCCUCAAGGUUCAUGCAAGUUGUAGCAUGUGUCAGGAUUUCUUUUAAAGGCUGAUGAUACUCAGUUCUACUGAUAGAGCACAUUUUGUUUGUGCAUUCCUCUGUUGAUGGACACUUGAGUUGCUUCCACCUUUUAGCUAUUGUGAAUAUUGCUGCCGUAAACAUGGGUGUGCAAAUCUCUGAACCUCUGCUUUCAAUCAUAUGGCAAUUCUAUGUUUAAUUUCUUAGGGAACUGUUACAACUGUUUUCCAUGGUGGGUGCACCAUUUUACAUUCCCACUGAAGGUUCCAAUUUCUCCACAUUUUUGCCAGCACCUGUUUUUGUUGUAAUAAUUGCCAUCCUAUUGAGUGUGACAUGGUAUCUAUCCUACUGUGAUUUUUAUAUGCAUUUCCCUGAUGACUAGUGAUGUUGAUUUUAUUUGUUUGUUGGCCAUUUAUAUGUCUUUUUUGGAGAAAUGUCUGUUCAGGCCCUUUUUCCAUUUUUCAGUCAGGUGUGCAUUUUUGUUGUUGAGUUCCAAGAGGUCUUUAUGUUUUGGGUAUUCACCCCUAUCAAAAUAUGUCAUUUGCAAAUACUUUAUCCUAGUCCAAGGACUGGUUGCACUCUGUUUUGUCCUUUGAUGCACAGAAGUGGUUUCUCUCUUUUAGUUAGCUGUGGCUCUGGUGUCAUAGCUAAGAAAUUAUUGCCAAAUCCAAUGUUAAAAUUUUACGUUUCUCCUAAAUGUUUUAGUUUUACCUCUUAGUUUAGGCCUUUGAUCCAUUUUAACUUUUAUAUAUGGUGUGAGGUAGAUCCAACUUGAUGUGGAAGACCAGCUGUCUAGCACCAUUUGUUGAAAAGACUGUUCUUUCUCCCUUGAAUGGUCUUGGCACUGUCAAAAAUCAUUUUACCCAUAAGUGGAAGGGUUUAUUUGGGGGUUUGCUAUUGUAUUCCAUUGGUCUGUAUGAUUGUCUUUGUUUCAGUACAACACCAUUUUGAUUAUUGCAGGUAGGUUUGUCAUAAGUUUUGAAAUAAGGAUAUGAGAGCCCCUACUUUGUUCCCUUUCAAGAUUGUUUUGGUUGUGUGAGGUCUCUGGAGAUUCCCUGAGUUUCAGGAUGGAUUGUUCUGAAAAUGCCACUGGGAUAUUUUGAUAGGAAUUGCAUGAAAUCUGCAGAUUGCUUUGAACUCUGGACAUCUUAACUAUAUUAAGGCGUCCAAUUCACAAACAGAUUGCUUUCUGUUUAUUUGUGUUGACUUUACUUUCUUUCAGCAAUGUUUUAUGGUUUUCAGUGUGCAAGUUUUUUACCUCCUUAAGUUUAUUCCUAAAUACUUCAAUUUUUUGUUACUAGUAUCAAUUGAAUUUUCUUAAUUUCCUUUUGAGCUUGCUUGUUAUUGUAUAGAAAUAUCAUGGAUUUGUUAUGUUGAUAUUGUAACCUGCAAUGUUACUGAAAUGGUUUAUUCAGUUUUUUUAUAUAUGUAUGAACUCCAGGAUUUUCUAUAUACAUGACAUGAUUUUCAGAUCAUGUCAUCUGAAAACAGAUAAUUUUGCUUCUUCCUUUCCAGUUUGGAUGCCUUGUAUUUCUUUUUCUUGCCUAUUUGCUCUGGCUAAGCCUCCAGUACUGUGUUGAAUAGAAGUGGUGAGAUGAUGUGGUAUUUAUGUGUUGUUCUUGAUUUUAAAAUAGGUGCUUUCAGUCUUACUGAAUAUGAUGUUUACAGUGGGAUUUUCAUAUGGUCUCUCCUAUGUUGAGGUAGUUUCCUUCUGUUCCUAGUUGUUGAGUUUUUAUCAUGAAAGGAUAUGAGACUGUGAAAUGCUUUUUCUGCAUUAAUUGGGAUCAUAUUUUUUUCCUUUAUUCUGUUAAUAUAAUGUGUAUUACAUUUAUUGACCUGAGCAUUUUGAAACUUUGUUGCAUCCCAGCUAUAAAUCUCACUUGGCCAUGAUGUGUAAUCCUUUCAAUGUGCCGUUGAAUCCUGUUGGCCAGUAUUUUGUUGAAUAUCAAUAACAAAAAUCUUGAUUAGGAAUACUGGUAUGUGGUGUUCUUUUCUUGUCUGGUUUUGGUAUCAGAAUAACGCCAGGCUCAUAGAAUGCAUUUGGAAGUCUCCUUUCCUCCGCCUCAGUUUUUUUAGAAGUGUUUGAGGAGAAUUGAUAUAAUUCUUCAAAAGUUGGGUAGAAUUCUACAGUGAAGCCAUAUGGCCCUGGGGUUUUCUUUGUGGGGAGGUUUUUCAUUACUAAUUCAGUUUCUUGACUACCGCAGGUCUCUUCAGGUUUUCCAUUUCUUCAUGAUUCAAUCUUGAUAGGUUGGAUGUUUCUAAGAAUUUGUCCAGUUCAUCUAGGUUAUGCAGUUCAUUGAUACAUAACUGCUCAUAGUAUUCUUAAUACCUUUUAUUUCUGUAAAAUCAGUUGUAAUGUCCCCUCCUUCUGGUUUUAUUUUUCUUCGUCACACUAGCGGGAAGUUUGUCAGUUUGGGUUGACCCAACAAACUUGGUUUCGUUUAUUUUUCUCUCUUGCUUUUCUCUUUUCUAUUUUGUCUCUGCCCUCAUCUUUAUUAUUUCCUCUAUUCUGCUGGUUUUGGGUUGUUUGCUCUUCUUUUUCUUCUAGUUAAUUCAGAUAUAAAUUUAGGGUUGACUUGAGAUCUUAAUUUUUUAAGUAUUUGUAUGUUCAGUUACAAAUUUCCCUACCAUUGCCUUCACUGUAUCUUUUUGUAUGUUAUGUUUAAAUUUUCAUUUAUCUCAAGAUAUAUUCUAAUAUCUCUGUUAAUCCACUGGUUGAGAGUAUUGUUUAAUUUUCACAUAAUUUUAUACUUUUUGUUUUUUCUUCUGUUACUGAUUUCUAGUUUCAGCCCACUGUGGCCAGAAAAGAUACUUUUUAUUUUUUUAGUCUUUUGAAAUUUUUUGUUCUGUGGUCUAACAUGCUGUCUAUCCUAGAGAAAGGUCCAUUUGCACUUGAGAAAAAUGUAUAUACUGCUGUUGUUUGGUGGAGUGUUCUGUAUAUGUCUGUUAGGUCCAGUUGUUAGGUACGACACUGUUCAAGUUUUGUCUUAUGACUGAUCCUCUGGUUGUCCUGUCCAUUACUGCUACUGGGCUAUUGAAGUCUCCUACUCUUAUUAUAGAACUAUCCAUUUCUUCCUUCGAUUUUGUUUCAUGUAUUUUUGGGUUCUGAUGUUUGGUGCGUAUAUAUUCCAUCUUCUUGGUGAGUUUUCAGUUUUUUAAAUGUCAACAGCAUGAAGAUAAAAUUAUAGGACGUCUGGAAUUUCCUUUGAAUCCGUAGGGCUAGGAGUAAGUAUAGAUAAAACAAGAUUGGCUGGGAAUUUGAGGCUGCAAGGAUAGGUACACAUUGAGAUGUAGAGCAGGGCACAAUACUUUUUCUGUAAAGGAGCAGAUGGUAAAUAUUGUUGGCUUUUCCAGCCAUGUGGCUCUCUUGCUGUAGUACUAUGAAGAUACUCUUUGCAGUAGUAUCAUGAAGCAGCCACCAGGGAGCCACACACCAGUAUGUGUGACUGUGUUCAGGUCAAACUCUAUGGACACUGAAAUCUGAAUUUCACAUGUUUUUCAUAUGUCAUUAAAUACUACCCUUUUAUAUUUUUUCACCAUUGAAAAAUGUAAAAAUCAUUCUUAACGUGGGCUGUGCAAAAACAGGUGGUGGUCCAAAUUUGGCCUGUAGGCUAUAGCUUGCCAACCCAAUUUAUACUUUUGUCUUUUUUGGAACUAUUUGGUAUUUUCAAUUAAAAGUUUAUCAACAUUA